CUGGCUUGUGUUGGUGCUCUUGGAGAAUUAAAAGAGUCAAACUUUCACUUACAUCAGCAAAGACAGGCGCGGUGAAGUGCUGAUAGAGUCGUUAAACUUGGUAAGAGAUAAGCUAGUCAGUUCUCCAGGGUGAGGUGCCUCCGAAGAUACUGCUAUGGCCAAGGUACAAGUAUUGAAUGUAGCUGUACUGGACAACCCGAGCCCAUUUGGAAACCCUUUCCAGUUUGAAAUAACGUUUGAAUGCAUGGAGGAUUUGCCAGAAGAUCUGGAGUGGAAGAUCAUCUAUGUGGGUUCAGCUGAGAGUGAGGAAUAUGACCAGGUUCUGGACUCUGUUCUAGUUGGCCCGGUACCAGCUGGCAGACACAUGUUUGUGUUUCAGGCGGAUGCUCCUAACACAGGGCUGAUUCCCGAGAGCGAUGCUGUAGGAGUGACCGUAGUCCUCAUUACCUGCACCUACCGUGGACAGGAAUUCAUCCGCAUCGGUUACUACGUCAACAAUGAAUACACAGACCCUGAACUACGAGAAAACCCGCCUCUCAAACCAGACUACACUCAGCUCCAGAGGAAUAUUUUGGCUUCCAAUCCCCGUGUCACCCGCUUCCACAUCAACUGGGAGGGCUCAGCAGACAAGAUGGAGGACAGUGAAAACGUUGACCCGUCCCCAAACAUCAGCGGCAUGCUCCCUCCGUCCUGUAUACCGGGCAAGAUGCCACCUCUUGGACUGAUGCCAGACAACUCCAUGGAUUGCAUGUAAGAAUCAUCAGAUUGACAUAAUGGACAAGGAGCCCCCCUCUUACCUGUACACGCCCCCCACACCACAAACACACAAUUCAACAAAGAGGUCACGGACGCAUCUACAUAACACGUGGACAUUAACAGGAAGCACGGACACUGUUUUUGUACAGCAUACGUUAACGGGAUGGAUCUGGAAUUGUUAAUUGUCCUCUCUUACAACACAAACGCAGAUCUCAACAGCCAACAUUGCCUUAUUUUACCGUAUGUCUGUCUUAGAUGAUAUUAAAGUCGAGCCAGAGAAAAGUUGGAAGUCAUCGGGGCGGAUCUGUAGACAAGGCCACCACAUCCUCACAGCUUUGAGACUUACAAGUCACACUCAUGCACUGAUGUAAACCUGUUUGGUACCCAUACAGUGCUGUUCCUUUUUGUCCUCCUCAGCACAAAUCAAAGCUCUGGGCAGAACACACUGACCAGCAGAGCGCUCUUUGUUUCAGAGUAGGUGUAGCACUGGCUGCACAUCGAAAAAGCAUUUAAUUGUUCAGGGGUUUGUCUCAUCUGAGGUAAAUUUGUUGUGUUGGAUAUACCUGUGGAAACAAAUCUUCCUUAGCAUAUAGAGUAAAACCUGGUACCUCCACAAAUCCGGAAGAUUUGACUGACAACAUUGGCAAAUUUUUCCCAUGAGUUCUAACUCAGUGAACAUGCUUUGAAAAUCCCCAGUUCAGAUAAUGUUCUAAAAGAUGUCCGUCUGUACUUAUGCACACAUGUUAGUGAAGGCAACGAUGGAGAAAUGAAUGCCACUUCACUGUUAAGUCGUUCUGAUGAUUGAUUGAGGCUCACUGUAAAUAAUGUUUUCCCAGCGCUUAUUUUGCCUUCGAGAUGAGAAGGCAUUUUUCUUUUUGUACUUAUUCUCUGCCUAAGUAUUUGUUACAACAGUAAUGGGUUUAAUAAAGUUUGUUUUGUGGACCUUGUGCUGCU